AUGGCCAACUUGGAGCUGCUGCUACAGAAAUGCGACUCUCUCAUCCACAUCAAAAAGCUCCAAGCCCGCCUCGUAACCCUCGGCAGAUUCCAAUCCUAUCCCUCCAUCACCAUCAAGCUCCUCGAGCUCUGUGCUCUUCCCCCCGUCGCCAACCUCCCUUACGCCACCACCCUCUUCCACUACCUCCAAACUCCCUCCACACGCCACUGGAACGCCGUCGUUCGCGGCCUCGCCCAGAGCCUCCAACCCAUCCAAGCCAUCUCAUGGUACGCCGCCAUCUCCCGCUCUCCCCAACACGUUGACGCGCUCACUUGCUCCUUCGCUCUCAAAGCGUGUGCACGCGCUCUGGCGUCCUCGGAGGCCAUGCAGAUUCACGCGCAGGUUGUAAGGUUUGGAUUCGGAGGCGAUGUGUUGUUACAGACUACUUUGCUUGACGUGUACGCUAAAGUUGGGAAUCUGGGUUUUGCCCAGAAGGUGUUCGACGAAAUGCCGAAGAGGGAUUUGGCUUGUUGGAACGCUUUGGUUGCUGGGUUGGCUCAGGGGAGCCGACCCAGUGAGGCUUUAGCUUUGUUUUGGAGGAUGAAUGAGGAUGAGGGGUUGAAGCCGAAUGAAGUGACUGUGCUCGGCGCGCUCUCGGCGUGUUCUCAACUGGGUGCGUUGAGUGGAGGAGAGAGAGUUCAUGGCUUUAUAGUGGAUGCGAAGCUUGAUACACAUGUCAUUGUUUGCAACGCAGUUGUUGAUAUGUAUGCGAAAUGCGGCUCUGUGGAUAGAGCGUAUCGGGUGUUUGAGAGUAUGAACUGUGGGAAGAAUCUGAUUACUUGGAAUACGAUGAUAAUGGCAUUUGCGAUCCAUGGGGAUUGCGAGAAAGCGCUUGAGCUUUUUCAGAAGAUGGGUAGAAAUGGAGUUAGGGCUGAUGCAGUGUCGUAUCUUGCUGUGUUGUGUGCGUGCAAUCAUGGAGGACUUGUGGAUUAUGGCGUUAAGUUGUUUAAUUCAAUGGCGGGCGGUGGGAUGGUGCCGAAUGUUAAGCAUUAUGGGACUGUGGUUGAUUUGUUGGGACGAGCUGGGCGACUUCAAGAGGCUUAUGAGAUUGUGAAAUCGAUGCCUAUGUUUCCGGAUGUAGUACUGUGGCAGACUUUGCUUGGUGCCAGCAAGACCUAUGGGAAUGUGGAAAUGGCAGAGAUGGCGUCAAGGAAACUGGUUGAGUUGGGGUCUGAGGGUUGUGGUGAUUUUGUGUUGUUAUCAAAUGUUUACGCGGCUCACAAGAGAUGGGAUGAUGUGGGAAGGGUGAGGGAGGCCAUGAAGAGAAGGGAUGUGAAGAAGGUACCGGGUUUUGGUUACAUAGAAGUGGAAGGUGUGAUACACAAGUUUUUGAAUGGUGAUCAAAGCCAUGUUAACAGCUGUGAGAUUUAUUCAAAGCUAGAUGAGAUCAAAUUUAGGAUUAAAGACUAUGGAUAUGUGGCAAAGACAAAUCAUGUGUUGCAUGAUAUUGGAGAGGAGGAGAAAGAAAAUGCAUUGGGCUACCAUUGUGAAAAGUUGGCUGUGGCUUUUGGUUUGAUCAGCACUAGUGAGGGGACACCGAUUCAGGUGAUCAAGAACCUAAGAAUAUGUGAUGAUUGUCAUGUGGUGAUGAAACUUGUUUCAAAAGUUUAUAAUAGGGAAAUCAUUGUGAGGGAUCGAGCCCGGUUUCACAGAUUUCAAGACGGAUUUUGUUCUUGCAGAGAUUAUUGGUGACAUAGAUUUGUCGUAACAUAUAGCUAAGCAGGGAACGGAAAUAGAUUGCAUCCACAGAAUAGAUAGCCUUUUCUCCUCUGGUGUUGAAAGCUACUUUAGUGAAGUCGUGAAGAGCAGACUUUUGGAGGUUGAAUCAACAAUUAAA